UGGAAAUUUAAAGAAAUCUGAUUAUAAUAUUAUUUGUAAAUGGAUUCUUAAGGCUUGGGCGGAAAUUCCAAAAGGAAUGAUUGUAAAAUCAUUUAAAAAAUAUGGUAUUAACAAUGCAAUGAAUGGGUCAGAAGAUGAUUUAUUUGGACAAGAUGAAACUAAGAAAAAUGAUGAUAAAAGAGAAAUAUUAAAUAUAAAUAGUGAUUCAGCUGAUGAAUAUUUAGCUGAUGAAUCUAAUAAAUUAAAUGAAUAA